UGCACUUCGAAUGGGAAUACUUCAAACCAUCAUUGUUUGCUUGAAUGCUUUGUAGACGAUUACUUACAGCACGUAGCAUAUACAAAAUAGGAAAUAUUAGAGGAAGCAUACGACUAAUAGGAACAAUGUCUGAUUACAGAAAAGAACAAGAAGUUGCAAUAGAAGCCGUUAGAAGGGCAUCAUUGAUUACGCAAAAAGUACUUCAAACUUCAAUUUCAUCAUUGACAAAAUCGGAUAAAUCACCAGUAACAGUUGGAGAUUUUUCAGCACAAGCUAUCAUCAAUGCAAUCCUCGCUAAACAUUUUUCGGACGAUAAGAUCGUAGGAGAAGAAGAUGCAGAUGAUUUACGUAGCAAAGAUGCAGACAAAGUUGCACUAAAGGAAAAAGUGAUCGGUUUGGUAAACGAAGGUUUGAUGGCAGAAGGAGCAGAUCAAUUGGAAAAGCCAUUAUCAGAAACAGAGAUUUUAGAAGCGAUCGAUAAAGGAAAUUGUCAAGGAGGCGUUAAAGGUAGAAUGUGGACUCUUGAUCCAAUCGACGGCACCAAGGGUUUCUUGCGUGGAGGACAAUAUGCCGUUUGUUUAGCUUUGAUCGUUGACGGAGAGGUUCGUUUGGGCGUUAUGGGAUGUCCGAAUUUGCCAAUCGACAAAAGUGCAAAGAAGCCACAAGAAGGUAAUUUGGACGAAGUGAAGCAACGUGACGAUCUUGGUGUAAUCUUUGUUGCAUCUGAAGGAAAAGGCGCAUUCCAGCGUCCAUUGCAUGCCACUUCUUCCACUCAACUUACACCGAUCAAAACUCGUGAAAUCACACCAGAGAUUCUAUCAAAAGCAUCUUUCUGUGAAAGUGUUGAAGCAGGGCAUUCUUCUCAAGGUACAAAUGCAAAGAUUGCCGAAUUUCUUGGAAUCUCUUCCCCAAGCGUACGCAUGGACAGUCAAGCAAAAUAUGCAAGCGUCGCUCGCGGUGAUGGUGAUAUCUACCUUCGUCUUCCUGUCGGAGAUGGAUCUUAUCAAGAAAAGAUUUGGGAUCAUGCUGCAGGUUGUUUGAUCGUCACUGAAGCAGGCGGAAAAGUGUCUGAUGCAAAAGGCAGACCUUUGGACUUCUCUAUCGGACGAACUUUGAAGAACAACAAGGGUGUGGUCGCAGCACAUGCAUCAGUACAUGCAAAGGUUAUCGAAGCAGUGCGAAAGGCAUUGGAAGAAGAAGGUCGCGGUCAUUUGUAGGCGUUGAUAGACCUGUAUAUAGAGUAGAGAAACAAAAAGAUGUAUUCAGGAAUAAGCUAAUUUGACAGUAUACAAUGGGACUUGAUGUGUUUA